AAUGUACAGGCGGAGGCUCUGAUUGGGCAAAUUUCACUUACACACUGAGCGGAUGUAGAUGGGCGUGUCCAACGUGCUGCCAGGAGCGCAUAGUCCACCAUGGAGCCUCCAUUGUUUCCAAGGCAGUCGGGCAAGUUUGUAGCAGAGCGCAGUCAGGAUGUGUUUGUGGAGGAUGAAGGCAUCCAGAAGGUGGCCGAGAUGCUCUACGCUCUGCGGAACAGUGAAGAGCUGACUGCCAAUGGCUGGAAGAAGGCCAACCCUCUGGCCCCUGCAGCUACCUCUGACCAGGCUUUCAAUUGGGUGUUUGUGGUGGACACUUUGAACUUCUCCUUCUGGCCCGAGAAGGACACCGAACAAUGCGAGGUGACUUUUAAAGGCACCACGCACACGGGCUACAUGACCCUCUGUGCCGCCAUCGCCAGGGCCAUUGAUGAAGGGGUGCCCAUCACGGAUCCCAAUUUCUUCUCUCAGAUGAGCGUAGAGGAGUUGGCGCACGUUCUCCGCUCGGACAACGCAACGCCCAUGCCGAUGCUUCGCGAGCGUCACCAGGUGCUGACGGAAGGCGGCCGCGUGCUUUUGAAACACGGCGGAAGCUUCUGCAAUUUCAUCAGCCAAGCUGGGGCCGACGCCCGGAAGAUGGUGGAGCUCAUUGUGGACAAGAUUCCUUCGUACAGAGACGAAGCUACCUAUGAGGGUAAGAGAAUCGCAUUCUACAAGCGAGCUCAAAUCCUGGUGGCCGACUUCUGGGGCAUCAUGGCAGCCCGGGGCGAGGCGGACAUCUCUAACAUGGACUGGCUGACCAUGUUCGCUGACUACAGGAUCCCUCAGGUCCUCGUCUACUUCGGCGCCCUGCGGUACUCCGACGCUCUUCUGGGCAUGCUCCACAAUGGCGAGCUGCUGCCCUCAGGCGACAGGAGAGAGGUGGAGAUCCGAGCGUGUUCCAUCUGGGCGGUGGAGCGCAUCAGGACGCGUUUGAGCGAGCUGCUGCAAGAGCGGGACGGCAGGAGCAGCGGCAGCAUCAACUCUGCUAUCAUCGACUUCUACCUGUGGCCGUACGCCAAGCAGCACCACCAAGAGAUGGCCCACAUCCCCAUACACCACACACGCUCCAUCUACUACUGACAAGAUGGCUGCCUUCGCACAGAGUAGGCAGUGCCUUCUAAACUGGAGGUUUUCAACCUUUUUCUUUUUGACCUCGGAAGCCAACUUUUCCACUACAGAUUGGUCCGGGGCCCAUUUAAAUUUUAACACUGAAUUAGUAAUGUACUAUUGAUUUUGCUCAUAUUCAAUAAUUACAUUUAACCUUACAGUUUUUAAUAGGAUAAACCUUGCCAAAUGUUAUGAAACCAUGUGUUACCAGGCUGAUUAGAAAAAAAAUAGUGCGUAUGUCAUACUUGCCAACCCUCCCGAUUUUCCCGGGAGACUCCCGAAUUUCAGAGCCCCUCACGAAAAUCUCCCGGGGUAACCAUUCUCCUGAUUUCCACCCAGACAACAAUAUUGGGGGCGUGCUUUAAGUCACAUAAUAUCUACGGCUUUUCACACACACAAGUGAAUGCGAUGCAUACCUGGUCAACAGCCAUACAGGUCACACUGAGGGUGGCCGUAUAAACAACUUUAUCACCAUUACAAAUAUGCGCCACACUGUAAACCCACACUAAACAAAAAUGACAAAACACAUUUCGGGAGAACAUUCGCACCGUAACACAACAUAAAGACAACAGAACAAAUACCCAGACCCCUUGCAGCACUAACUCUUCCGGGACGCUACAAUAUACACCCCCUACCCCUCCACUCCAACCCCCUCCCCCCCAUCUCACGAAUUCAGAGGUCUCAAGGUUGGCAAGUAUGGCAUAAGUAGGGGCUCAAAAAUAACUCAUGAACAAUUUAAUUCACAUACAAUUAUAACCUUAAUGAAUGAAUGUUUCUUAACAAAAAUGUCAAUAAAAUAAAAGUGCUUAUGAAAAUACAGCUUUAUCACUCGGUCAUAAUGUUUGCGCUUAACAAACUUCGACUUUCGCUGUCAAUACUGCCACAAGUGGUGGAAAUGUAUAUUACAUCCGAGUACCGCUGCGGCCCAGACGCAGACUAACAAUGACAAUGGUUAAACACUGUUCUAAGCCACCCACACAAGUCAUAAAUGUAGGUGCCAGCAUUUGGACCAUGGUGGCAUACAAUAUUACAGUGAAGCACAUCACAUAUUUCAUGUCUUUCUUUGACUAGAGAUAAAUACAUUUGUGAAGAAUUCAAAUUUAAAUGGAAUGUAGUGGAAUAUCCCAUCAAAAUUAAAAUUUGUAAAAUAUUGUUUUAAUGUUGGAAAAAUAAUUACAUGUAAAAAAAAAAAUAUUUACCAAAUGUUGCAUCUUUAAGAUUGAUACAUUGAGUUUAUAUUUUACUUAAUAUAUACACUUCAAUUUUUAUGAAGUAUUGACACUUGUAAUUUUUCUCAUUUUUAGAAAUUCAAUAAAGUGGAAAAAAUUAAAAUUUCAAGUGUAGACUGAAGUCCCUCAAAAUAUUUAAUACUUUAUGAAUUACAAAAACUUUAGUUAAUCUUCACUUUUCAUCUUAGCUGUACUGCAAUAUUAACUGAUAUUUAAACAUGCAGAAAUAAACCCAGUGACAUGCUGCUGAAAUAUGGUAUUAUCUUUAUUGUACUUUUUACACUGUAUAAGUACAUCAGUAAUUAUAUGAAUAUUAUAAUAUUGUGUGAAUGCUCAAAAGCACUCACACUUAUGAUUUUUUACACUAAAAUUAAUCUAUUCAUUAAACCACUACUACUGCAGAUUUUGGCGAGCUCAGCCUUCCACAUUUUUCACCCGAUUCAAACCGUUCCCACUUCAAACUAUUCAGGAAUCACGGGGUUUCCCUUGAAAAAUCCCCAGAUUUCCCAGCAUUCAAGGUUUUCUGGGACAUUUUUCCCAUUCAAAAUGAAAUGGCCAUUUUUCAAACUUUCACCAUUUCCACAUUUUUCAACCGAUUCAAACCAUUCCACCUUCACCACAUUCCACCAUCCUGGAAAUUUAAACAACCUUUUUUCCAGGUUGAAAAAAAAAACAUUCCAGGAUUUUCCAGAAUUCCUGGCUUUCCAAAGCCCUAAACCCACCCUUUUUCUGGCGACUACUCCUUCCACAUUCAAUGCAUUUUAACCGUUCCACCGUCAAAACAUUCCUUUUAAUCUGGACAGAAAACGAAGUUGUUUUUUGAACUGGAAAAAUUCCUGGUUUUCCUUAAAUUCCAGGAAUUCCGUAUUACCAUUUUUCAAUUCAACAUGUUACUACUUCAACAUUUCUCGACUGAUUUGAAAAAUUUCAACACCAGCCAUUGCAACUCAUUCACACCAUUUAAGUUUUUUACCAUUUUCAAAAAAAAAUCCCGCUUUUCCUAAAAUUUCCAAACUUUGUGGAAAUUCCCAUUAAAAUUAAGGGGACAUUCCAACUUCUAAAUAUUCAGCCUGUUUGGGAAUUGUGUGCUCUAUUUCAACAAUACUAAGAAAAAAAAAAGUUUGUUUGUAUACGAAAAUUAAUUUAUCUUCCGUUUAGCAAUCGCAUUUUUAUCGUAAGUCCCAUCUCAAAACUCCUUUGCAUUCUCUCGACUUUAAAUAGACCCCCCCUUUUAGACAGUUGAUCUGCCGUCUCUUUUCUGUUGGGGACGUCUCUGCGCUGCUGACUUGUCUCCACUCAAGAUAAUUGCCUGCUGACCCCACUAUGGACUGGACUCUCACACUAUUCCCUAGAUCCACUUGACGUCCAUUGCACCGGUCGGUUCCCCACAUCUGCGGUCCUCUCCAAGGUUUCUCAUUGUAGCCCACUGGGUGGAGUUUUUCCUUGCCCUGAUGUGGGAUUUGAGCCUAGGAUGUCUUUGUGGCUUGUGCAGCCCUUUGAGACACUCGUGAUUUAGGGCUGUAUAAAUAAAUGGAUUGAUUGAUGAUCGUAGGUUAUAAAAUCUUUUUUAUACGUUUUGUACACUUUGUGUAAUUUAAUCAUAUACAUAAGACAAAGGUACGCUAAAAUAUUUUGUCAUAAAUGACUAAUUUAAAGCACAAAAGUACAAUAUUGAGCUAACUAUUAGGUCUGGCAACCAAACAAGGUACUUCUCUGUCAUUAAACUGUUUUUUAACUUUUUAACUGCUUUUUAUCUGACAACUUGUUCUUAGGGCAUACUUGCCAACCUUGAGACCUCCGAUUUCAGGAGGUGGGGGCGUGGUCGGAUAAGGGGGUGCGGGGGGCGUGGUUAAGAGGGGAGGAGUAUAUUUACAACUGUUGUGUGCGCAGUUGUGCACUGCACUCUCUAAAAGCCAUAGAUGUUAUUGUCACAUAUGCACAAUUGAUUGAUUGAUUGAAACUUUUAUUAGUAGAUUGCACAGUACAGUACAUAUUCCGUACAAUUGACCACUAAAUGGUAACACCCGAAUAAGUUUUUCAACUUGUUUAAGUCGGGGUCCACGUUAAUCAAUUCAUGGUACAAAUAUAUACAAUCAGCAUAAUACAGUCAUCACACAAGUUAAUCAUCAUAGUAUAUACAUUGAAUUAUUUACAUUAUUUACAACCCGAGGGGUGGGAUGAGGAGCUUUGGUUGAUAUCAGUACUUCAGUCAUCCACAAUUGCAUCAACAGAGAAAUGGACAUUGAAACAGUGUAGGUAUUACUUAGUAGGAUAUGUACAGCGAGCAGAGAACAUAGUGAAUUCAGAUAGCCUAAAAACAAGUGUAUACAUUAGAAAUACAUUCGAUUAUUUACAUUAGGUUAUUUACAGAUGGGAUGUGAAUGGAGGAGGGUGUUAGUAAAGGGUUGAAGUUGCCUGGAGGUGUUGUGGUGCAUGUACCGAAGAUGGCAGUACUGUCCUGUUUCAGAGUGUCACAACAUUGUUGUUUACGGCAAACAAACUGCUUUACGGUAGACAAAAACGUGACUGCUGUUGUUGUGUGUUGUUACCGCGCUGGGAGGAUGUUAAUGAAACUGCCUAACAAUAAACUCACAUAAGAAA